AUGGGAAGAUCCUCUGGAUAUAGCCAUGCCGACGCCUUUGACCAGGGCUGGCUUCCAGUCGACGACAUUCACACCCUUCACUAUGAGCAGUAUGGUUCCAUGGAUGGCAAGCCAGUAAUAUAUCUCCAUGGCGGACCCGGAGACAGAGCCACGAAAGAAAAUACGAAAUUUUUCAACCCGGCAGUGUAUAGAGUCGUGCUUUUUGACCAAAGAGGAGCCGGAAAAUCGAUACCGAGAGGAGAUAUCCGCAAGAACACCACACAGCACCUUGUUGCCGAUAUUGAAAAAUUGCGAUCCCAUCUGAAGAUCGACAAGUGGACUAUGGUGUUCGGGGGCUCAUGGGGUUCCACAUUGGCCGUCGCCUACGCAGAAGGGCAUCCCGAAGCAGUUGGCUCCCUCGUUCUUCGUGGAGUAUUCCUGGGGACCCAGCAAGAGCUUGAAUGGAGCGAGGAAGCUGCUGCAAAUUUCUAUCCCGAACUCCAGGAGGCAUUCUGGGACGUUCUCGAGCCAGAAGAGCGGAUCGACCAUAUGUCCGCGAUAUCAGCAUAUUACAAACGGAUCACGUCCAAAGACAAGGAAAGAUGCGUGGAAGCGGCCAGGGCAUGGAAUAUAAAAGAGCUCAGCAUGAGCUCCGUGGAUUCUGGGCCACAGACAUUUGUCGAACUGGAAGACGAGGACUGGGUUCUGUCCUACGCGAGAAUCAUUACGCAUUACUUUGCGCACAAGAACUUUUUAACGGAGAACCAGUUGAUUCAGAAUGCGGAAGCUAUCAGACAUAUCCCGACGAGUAUCGUUCAGGGGAGGCUGGAUCUCCUUUGCCCGCCUAAGUUCGCGCGAAUUCUGCACAAAGCUUUGCCACAAUCAAAAUUGUAUAUGAUGCAAAGUUCGGGACAUUCGGCAUCAGAGACUGAAACUCUGGAGAAGUUGAUUGACGUGUGUGAUGAGUAUGGGAAUCUCUAG